AGGAAAGUGGAGGGGAGAUUUCGUUUCAUGAUUCACUCGCUCUUUGGCUUUGACCAACUCAACCCUCUUCUCCUUCCUCUCUUCUUCUUAUUUUUUUUGUUUGUUUAUUAAAUCUUCAUCCACCAUCCCACUCUCUCUCCCUCAACUCCAAAUCCAUGCUCUCUUUGGAAUCGCUCUCUCCGAUCUUAGCAUAAUAAGCCAAUGGGUGUGUGUUUCUCCGCCAUUAGAGUCACCGGUGCCAGCAGUAGCAGACAGACCAACAACAACAACAAGGCUCAUAAAGGAUGCAAGAAACCUACAGAGAAUAAGCCAUCUACCACCACCACGAACACGAAGCGGAGAGCCACCGGGUCCGUCCCUUGCGGCAAGCGCACCGAUUUUGGAUACGCCAAAGACUUCCACGAGCAGUAUACCAUAGGCAAGUUGCUAGGUCAUGGUCAAUUCGGGUAUACUUACGUUGCCAUCGACAAGUCCAAUGGCGAUCGUGUCGCCGUUAAGAGACUCGAUAAGAGUAAGAUGGUUCUUCCCAUAGCGGUUGAGGACGUGAAGCGGGAGGUUGAGAUACUUAAAGCUCUUUCAGGCCACGAGAACUUUGUACAGUUUUACAAUGCUUUUGACGAUGAUGACUACGUCUACAUUGUUAUGGAGUUGUGCGAGGGAGGCGAGUUGCUGGAUCGGAUUUUAUCAAAGAAAGAUAGUCGUUACUCCGAGAAAGAUGCAGCCGUUGUGGUUAGACAGAUGCUCAAAGUCGCUGGAGAAUGUCAUCUCCACGGCCUUGUUCAUAGAGAUAUGAAACCUGAGAAUUUUUUGUUUAAAUCAACUCAACUCGAUUCGCCUCUAAAGGCUACAGAUUUUGGUUUAUCCGAUUUUAUCAAACCAGGGAAAAGGUUCCAUGACAUUGUUGGCAGCGCCUAUUAUGUAGCUCCAGAAGUACUUAAGCGCAGAUCAGGCCCUGAAUCAGAUGUGUGGAGCAUUGGUGUGAUCACCUAUAUUUUACUCUGUGGAAGGCGCCCUUUCUGGGAUAGGACUGAGGACGGUAUUUUUAAAGAGGUCUUAAGGAACAAACCUGACUUCCGCCGCAAACCAUGGUCAACUAUAAGUGACAGCGCGAAAGAUUUUGUUAAAAAGUUACUUGUCAAAGACCCUCGAGCACGUCUAACUGCUGCUCAAGCCCUGUCACAUGCGUGGGUUAGAGAAGGAGGGAACGCCACUGAUAUCCCUGUCGACAUUUCUGUUCUCAACAACUUACGUCAGUUUGUGAGAUACAGCCGUCUUAAGCAGUUUGCUUUACGGGCGCUUGCUAGUACACUCGACGAGGCAGAGAUUUCUGACCUCAGAGAUCAGUUUGAUGCAAUUGAUGUGGAUAAAAACGGUGUCAUUAGUCUUGAGGAAAUGAGACAGGCACUUGCCAAAGACCUUCCUUGGAAACUUAAGGAUUCACGAGUUGCUGAGAUCCUUCAAGCGAUUGAUAGCAACACUGAUGGGUUAGUGGACUUCACAGAGUUUGUAGCAGCAGCUCUACAUGUUCAUCAGCUGGAAGAACAUGAUUCAGAGAAAUGGCAGUUAAGAUCAAGAGCAGCUUUUGAGAAAUUCGACAUUGACAAAGAUGGGUACAUCACGCCCGAGGAGCUUCGAAUGAGUGUAUAUUUGUUUUCGUGAAUUUUAAUCAGCAUACGGGAUUAAGAGGCUCAAUAGAUCCACUUCUGGAUGAAGCAGACAUAGACAGAGACGGGAAGAUAAGCCUGCAUGAGUUCAGGAGACUUCUAAGAACAGCGAGCAUAAGUUCGCAGAGAGUUAUUAGCCCUGCAGGCCACAGGAAUCCUCGGUAGUUUUAAAUGGUAUUUUUAAGUAGAAGAAGAAGAAGAAGAAGAGGAGACAGGGCAGUGUGAUUUGUUGUUGGGAUGUAAUAUUGUCUUUAUAUGUAAUGUUGGCUGUACAAUAAGUGGGGGGGUUUUGGGAGAGGUUCCAGUAGUGCUAACUGAGUGAAGCAGCAAAACCAGAGAAAUGGUAUUGGCCUCUUGGGUGAUUCCUUGAAAAACAUCAGGAGCAUUCUUUUGGGUCAUCACCAGGUGGAGGAAGUUAUGGAAGGCCACGUGGCAUACACUGAGUGGACCAGAUCCAAUUUUAAUGACAAAAAGUAAGAAUUUGUUUUUUGUCAACCAAAGAAAGAAAGAUAGAUUCCAGCUGUAACUUGAUUCUCUUGUAAUAUUAUUGUGAGUGUGACCAAACGAACACACCAUACAGACUUUUUCUAUUAUUUUCCAUGAUCCUCCAGCCAGGAUCGGAGUGGAUCUCUCUCUA